CGCACCCCCACACAACGGCAUCACUCCCUCUCCGAUGACUUGGCACGGCCUCCUGACAGUUUACAACACAGGCACCCGCCAUCCACCGCCCACUCUGCACAGGACCCCGGAGCUGGAUGCUUUGCAGCCUCCCAGCUGCGGGCCCUGCCAGCCCUCCCUCUCCUCCUCCAGGGCUGGGUUUUUCCAGCCGGAACCUCGCUCCCUCUACUGCAAUCUCUGGAAAUUGGUGUCUGACGCGGCUGCUCCUGCCUAUUAUUUAUUUAUUUCUUCUUUUCUUCCUGCUGAGACCCUCCUGUCAGAAGGAGAGCUGCAGUCCGGAGACAGAGAAAGGCAGAAGCUGCAGGGAGAGCUGGGAGCAAAGAGGAGGUAGAGAGGGACUCCCAGGCACCCUUGUCUGCUUACCCUAGAGGACCAUGAGCACCGGGCAGGAAGCCAGGCGAGACGAGGGAGACUCCAGGAGAGGCCAGGAAGCCUCGCUUCGGGACCGAGCCCACCUGAGCCAGCAGCGCCGGCUCAAGCAGGCCACCCAGUUCUUGCACAAGGACUCGGCUGACCUGCUGCCUCUGGACAGCCUCAAGAGGCUCGGCACCUCCAAGGACCUGCAGCCACACAGCGUGAUCCAAAGGCGCCUGGUGGAGGGAAACCAGAGGCGGCUUCAGGGCGAGUCUCCCCUGGUGCAGACACUGAUCCACGGCCAUGACAGCAGCAGCAGGACCAGUGGGACACAGGUUCCAGCUCUUCUUGUCAACUGCAAGUGCCAGGACCAGAUGCUUCGAGUGGCUGUGGACACAGGGACCCAGCAUAAUCAGAUAUCUGCUGGAUGCCUCAGGCGCCUGGGGUUAGGGAAGAGGGUCCCAAAAGCCCCAGGUGGGGACCUGGCACCUGGGCCACCAGGUCAGGUGGAACAGCUGGAGUUAGAGCUGGGGCAGGAGACUGUGGCAUGCUCGGCCCAGGUGGUGGAUGUGGACAGCCCUGAAUUUUGCCUGGGACUGCAGACUCUGCUUUCCCUUAAGGUAAGGCACCCAUGCUUGGGCCUGACCCAAAAUUCUAGGAGAGGUGGACAGCUCAAGGUGGAGGCCCCAAGUAGGCUGUCGAGGAAGAUGGAGAGGUGUGAAACUUGGAACUUGCUCAAUUAGUCCCAAAAGUAAAAUCAAGAGAACGGGUUCCCUCCCUGAAGGGGCAGGGGCAUGGGAGCAAGGGGAGGCAGAAGGAAGGGGUGCGGGUGUGAGCUGGCAGGGAGGUGACCACACAUCGGGGUCCCACGGCAGUGCUGCAUUGACCUGGACCGUGGAGUGCUUCGGCUGAAAGCCCCCCUCUCGGAGCUGCCCUUCCUGCCUCUGUACCAAGAGCCUGGCCAGUGA